CUCUAGCGGUAGUGUGCUGGCGGAGGCGUGGUCGGCGCGCCGGGAUGGGGGUCACCGUGGACGUGCACGAGGUGUUCAAGUACCCCUUCGAGCAGGUGGUCGCCAGCUUCCUUCGAAAGUAUCCAAACCCCAUGGAUAAAAAUGUCAUCUCCGUAAAAAUUGUGGAGGAAAGAAAAGAUGUGUCAACAGGGAUCAUCUAUAGAAAGAGGAUUGCAGUCUGUCAGAAUGUGGUUCCAGAAAUUUUAAGGAAGGUGAACAUUUUAAAGGUACCUAAUAUCCAGUUAGAAGAGGAAUCAUGGUUCAAUCCUCAGGAAAGGAACAUGGCUAUAAGGAGUCACUGCCUUACAUGGACACAAUAUGCAUCCAUGAAAGAAGAGUCCGUCUUCAGGGAAAGUAUGGAAAAUCCAAAUUGGACAGAGUUCAUUCAGAAAGGCAGGAUUUCAAUCACAGGGGCUGGUUUUCUCAACUGCGUUUUGGAGUCUUUUGCUAGUGCAUUUUUAAGACAGGGUGUCCAGAAGGGAAUUAGAAUAAUGGAGAUGCUGCUAGAGGAACAGUGUGGUGCCCCCUUAGCCGAAUAAAGAAUAC